AUGUCCAUCUUCCGCCACUUCGCGACCGAUGCCAAGGCGCCAACGUCCUCGUCCAGCCAGCAGAUCCCGCCCCAGCAGCACCUGCCGCCGCCCGAGUACCCGCACCCGCACCCGACGAGCUCGUACGCCAACCCGACUCGCCCGGUCGCCCCGACCUACGCCGCCCUCCACCUCGCUCGCAGCGACCGCGUGCGCCUCAUCGCCUUCCCGCCGACCGUCAUUCAGCCUGUGCACGACGCCAUCACCCGCUCGUGGGCCCUUGGCAUCCAGCAUGCCGGCGUGUCUGACCCCGUCUCGUACGAGUUCAAGCUGAGGGGCAACCCGUGGUAUGGCCAAGCCGAACAAGCUGUCCCGUCUCGACGCCUCGUGAGCAACCUCCUCGCAUGCCUGUCGAGCCAAGGCUGGCACCUCGCCUCGGAGGUGGACCUGUCGCGCAAAGGCUACGACAAGGACACGCUCCUGUUCCGCUCGGGCCCGCCACUCGCUCGCCAGGUCUUCUCGGUCAGCUUCAACCAGGGCGACAAGGCGCGCAUCAUCGACCCGCCGAACGACGAGGUCCUGAACGCCUUUCUCGCCGCCGUUUCGUCAUGGCCCGCAGGCAUCCAGUCGCAGGCGCUCAAGGAGCCGGGCGCCUGGCAGAUCAAGCUGCGCGGGUACCCGUGGCAUACGUCGUCCGGCUCCGAGGUCAACCACGCCCGCAUCCUCGCGUGCAACAUUCUCGCCGCGCUCGACGGCCUCGGCUGGGAGCUCAUCGGCAGCGUCGACAUCAGCCAGGGCAGCGACGGCCAAGACCUCGACAGCUGGUUCUUCGGCCAGAAGAUCUGA